ACCAACGUUUCUCGAAACACACACAAACACGAUCACUUAGAAUUCCAACAUUGUUGUAUCUAUUUUCCGACAUACUUGCUACCUAUUUUUUUCAUUCAUCCUCGUACUUUCCGAAUUCUCAAAAACUCCAAAAAUGAAUAACUUGCUUUCACUCUUACUACUUUCUAUGUUCUUCACAACAUCCUCGGUUUUGGUUCUUGCAGACAAUGCUCCGGCUUCUUCUCCUAAGUCACCGGUUUCUCUACCGCCGUCGAAACCACCUUCUACGGUCUCGGUUUCUCCGGUACAGUCUCCCACGGCUUCUAAAGCAUCCCCUGCAAAGUCUCCAACUUUAUCUCCGCCUUCACAAACUCCGGCGAUCUCUCCAUCUGGGUCUACCUCACCGCCGGCAAGAUCUCCGACUGUUCAGCCACCAUCUUCGGUUUCUCCGGCUAUCAGUCCAUCCACCAAUGUGUCUUCGCCACCGGUUCAAUCUCCGUCCACUCCUCCGCCAACUGCAGCGGUGGCUCCGGUAAGUAGUCCUGUUGCGGCACCAACGGUGACAGAGGGACCAUCAGUUUCUUCUCCACCAGAGGCUUCUUCGGGAGGUAUCCCUUCAAGUUCGGCUACUCCGGCAGAUUCACCGGCGACACUUCCGUCUAACAAAUCGCCGCCUGGAACUGCACCGUCGAGUUCUUCACCAGAAACUUCUUCACCGGGUCCUAUCGGCGACGAUUCGGGUUCAAGAUCAAUUUCCGGGGCUCCGGUUGUUUUGGGUGGCGUGGCUCUCUUGGUUGCCUUGUCUUUUUGAGGCAUUUUGCUAUUUUUGUAAUUUUAUUUUAUUUUAUUUUUGUGUCGCAUUUUUUUGAAUUAUUUUUAUUUGUUUAUCACCUCAUCGAUGGAUAAAUAAUUUAUUGUUAAUUAAUUUAACUUUUUAGUUACGUUA